UUAUAUGUUUUAUUGAAGUUCAUUGAUUUCCUUUGCAGUAGAAACCAUGAUCGAGAAAAGUAUAUCAAUCAACUUCAAGAAACCAAUCAGCUGCACAAUUGGUUGAAGAAGAAUUCACCAUCGAAAAGAGGAAAAAGAAAACCAACUACGUUGUUGACGACAACGCCGCACAACUGUGGAUUUAUUUGUUGUCUUUCAUCUAUCGAUCCGAUGAUCACCGGACCAAUUGCAAUGUGCGCAAGCCACAAGCCCCGGCAGUCCCUUCCAGGAAGGUUUGGUGCAUCGCUCGGGAGAACGAGGAGAGCCAGAACUGCUGUAGCYGUCGUCGCUACGGUAUUGACGGCAUCGGCAACCGUUUCUGUGUCGGCCUUCGCUGGCACCGGCCUACAACGAAGGACGCGUCCGUCGCUCCGCACCGAUAUUCUCCGCAUCCCGGGAGCGCAACAAAGAACUCGGCGCUUUCGCAACGGGGCUGUUCUUUCCGGAAACGUUGGUGCCAUCCGUUGCGGUGAAAGCAUUAGGAGCAGCAGAACAAGAGUCGAUGGCGCAUCGAAAAAUCUAUGGUCCAUCCAGGAUUGCUUGGAGCAAUGGAACUCGCUGGACGGGAAUACGAGUACUGCCACGAAGGAUGGGGAAGGUGCCGGAACGCAGCAGGAGCAACGACAGCAACGGAUUGUAUUCGUGGAUGCCACCUGGUACCACAAAGGAGAGAGAAACGGACGUGACGAAUUCGAGGCCGGGCCGCGGCUCCCCGGUGCCUUCCACUGGGACAUUGGCGAUCUCGCCACCACCGSGGAAUUGUUUCCCGAAGACAAUCCAAAGGGCCUCAAGAACGUAUUUCCACCCGAGUGGUUGGUCGGCUCCGCGCUCGAGCGAAUGGGCGUUCUGCCGGACGCCACCACGGUCGGCAGYGGUGGUCCCGAUGCCACCGGCGGUCCCUCGCCCGCUGCUUCUCCCGUYACGCUUGUGGUAUACGGCCGGGACGGCACGCGCUUUGCUCCCCGCGUGUGGUACAUGCUCCAGAAGUACUACCGCGGUGGUCCCGUCCGGCUGCUCCAGGGGUCGCUGGAGGAGUGGAUCGAGCGGGGGGGACCGGUCGAUCGAGGACCACUGAAGGACUCCGAUGACGGCAGCGCGGUGCUGCAGGCACAKGAUCUGGCAGAAGGAUCGGAACCCCCGUCACUCCACCCCUGGAUCUCGUCCGAGGCGAGGAAUCGAUUGGUAGACAUGRCAUUCGUACUGGAGUGCUUGAAGGACGAGCAGCAGCAACAAGAAGGACAAAAGACGGACGCCAAUUUGCCCUCCGUGAUCAUUGACACCCGUGGAUCGUCCUUUGCCAAGAAGGGCCACAUCCCGGGCGCGGUCCACGUCCCGUACGCCUCCCUGACCCUUCCAGAGGAUUUCACCACGCUGAAAYCCAGGGAGGAGCUGGAGAAGGUGCUGAGAAAGGCCAUGGGAGACGARMRCUACGACCGGCUUGGGGAGCAACCCCCCCUUUUGACGUGCGGGACCGGCGUCUCGGUGUGCACCCUCGCGCUCGUCCUAGACGARCUGGGGCUUCCGGAACCGUGGAUCUACGACGGGAGCUGGAACGAAUGGGGRGGAGACCCCACCACGCCAAAGGCGGGGGUUCCCUGAUGUGUCGAAACCGCUGCGGGUGAAAUCGGGUUUGGUCGGUUCGAUUGGAUAUUGUCCUGUAUUCUGGUUUACGUUCGGUGAUAGGAUGUUGGUGUGGUGYUGCUUUCWCUGAACUAUGGUGAAAGUGCAUCGAACACGAAUCCGACUCACAUGCUUUGACAAGGCGAUUUGGAAAUUCAACUUGWUGUUUGUUAUAAACAACCAAGUCAAAU